AUGACUGCCCUAUCUAUAAGGACCGCCUCGAUUUCCCGCUCUAUCAGCGUUAGUAGCCCCACUGCUAGCUCCAGCGUUCCGGCAAUGCUGCAUACCACAAAGAGAUCCUUCCACACAUCGCGCGUUAUUCGUAACGCUAUAAUGAUGCCGGCUAUGUCGCCUCUCAUGACUGAAGGCGCGAUCACUCGAUGGUUCAAGAGGGAGGGUGAAGCUUUCAAGGCUGGAGAGGCUAUCCUGGAGAUUGAGUCUGACAUCUAUCGCAUCAGCGUCGAAGCUGAGAACCCUGGCAUAAUGGGGAGAAUCCUGGUUCCUGCAGGGACAGAACAUGUUCCCGUCGAACAGGUGCUCGCGUUGGUGAAUAAAGGCGAAGAUACGCAAAGUCUACAAUCGAGGCGUCACGAUGCCCAUAUUGAGCGUGCUCAAUCCCUGCACCUUGCUUCCCAAGUUCGGUCACACAUUCGCUCCGCGUCUGGUCCCCAGGCCGGAACAUCAUCUCCACAAACUCAAACUACUAGCUCAAGAAGCACGCCUCGACGCUCGCACACCAUCCCUCAAACAAGCUCUCACACCCCUCAAACCCCCACAUUCCUUGCCAAUGGCAAUCCCCCUCGCCCACGAUCACCUACCCUCCCCUCCGUCCACAUGCUGCACAAUGCAUCCACCACCCCUUCUGGCAUGAAGCAUUCACGCGACAUGCACAGCUCCUCGACAUCUGCGCGUUCUCCGCCUGGUCCUCCAGAGCAAGCCAAGGACGUCCAGAACACUGCUGCUGAUGUUCGGAGGACAAUUGUGUCGAACUUGAUGAGCACUGGAGCCACCGCUCGGGGUAACUACUUUGAUUCCUUACUGUGA